AAUAUCUCGUACGAACACCCCUCGUACGGACCGAACCCAAAAGUGGGUAACGGUCAGGCACGCUAUGAGUAGUAUGACUGACAGGGUGGGAUGAGCAAAUGUAAACAUUGCAAACGGAGAAGAAGGUGAAGGUAGAUUUCUUCACGCACAAAACAACUCCAAAAAGUUGCAAGUUGAACAAACAAACAUAAAGAGGAAAAGCUCGCAGUCGCAUCGUAUGCGGUCCACCGCGGACUCCGGAAGUGGCGUGAAAUCCGGUCGAUUUCGGUGUUUUUCGGUGGGGAAAAGUGCGUAGAAAGUCCUCAACCGGUGCCAAAGCGUGCGGGCGGGGCCUCGGGCAGUGCUUUUGGGUGCGGCUCUUGCGAGCGGACGGGAAUCGACGCGCGUAGUGUUAAACGACGGAUUCGAGUGAUCGUUCGAGAGCGUGCGGAUCAGCGGUGCCAAAUCCCGCUGUGGCGGACGGUUCGAAAGUGGAAAUAUACAGAGAAAGGAAAACAAGAUGUCGAAGAAGCAGAACAAGUGGCCGCUGGACGGUAGGGUCACACGGUCGAAGUCAAUCAUCGGAACAAACAUGGAGGAAAAACUGGCCAAAGGAAAGGACUCCGGGAGAGCUCAGCAGGGAACAUCGGGAACCAGUGCGGCGACUUACGCUGGAGUGACAACCAGCCCGGCGGCAAGUACCUCAACGGUCUCCGUCCAGCAGGAGGUCACUGGGCAACGGGGAGUGGUUUAUUUCGAACCCAUCGAUACCGGUAAAGAGUAUCCGACUCAACCGGUGGAGCUGGCUAGGAUUCUGACCCAAAAGAGAUUCAAGGAUUACCGGGAGGUGACGAAGAUUGGGCGGUUCCAGUUCAAGGUGGUGGUCACGGACGCCGGCGCGGAGAACAAGUUAAAGUCCCUGAAUCUCGCAAGCCACAAUCUCAAGAUCCACCUCCCACGGAAGAACAGCUCGACAAUCCUUUUCGUCAAAGGAGUUCCGCUGGAUUUCGGAGAUGAGGAGAUCAAGGACUGCAUCACAACAGAGACGGAGGUUCUGGAGGUGCAGCGGAUCAAGAGGAGGGUGAAAGAGAAUCUGGUUGACACGUCCAACCUGAGGAUUACGGUAGCAGGCCAAAAGGUUCCCCGCUUGGUCAAGAUAUAUGGCUGCGCCUUUAAAUGCGAGCUGUACAUUUUCCCCAUUCGCCAAUGCCAGAACUGCUGGAGGUUUGGCCACAGUGCUAAAAAUGCACUAGCAAGCGGCGGUGCAGAAUUUGCGGGCGUGGCCACGGAGAAGAGGAUUGCGGAGAGCAGGAUCACUGCCCCAACUGCAAAGGUCAGCACCGGGCCUCGAGUAAGGACUGCGCAGAACGACGAAGGAUACAAAGGAUCCUGGAUACCAUGCGGACGAAGCAGAUCGGAUACAAGGAAGCGGAAGAAGCAGCUUUCCCUAAAACGACAAAUGGGUUUGAGGGAUUGGAAGAGGAAGGAGACGAAGGCGUCGUUUCGUACCCCCCCUUGCAAGUAAACCGACAACGAAACAAUCGCCCCGAAAUUUCGGGUCGGGUCCAAGACUCAUCGGGGGGUGCAAACCAAGCGGAAAUCAUCCGGCCGGAAGGCGGAGGCUGUCAAUGUCCGGAAAACCCCUUCAAAACCACCGACUUUGAGCGAUUUCUGGACAAGAUGCGCAGAGAGUUCUUGGCCGAAGUAAGGAACCAGAAUUGGAUACAACCGUUGAAGAUUCUGCAGGCACACAUCGGCAAGAAAGUCCAGGAAGUAUCCUCAGAGUUUAUUGUUUAUUGUUUAUUGUAAAAAAUAUCAUUUGACUACUUAUGGUCUAUAUGAUUAGGCUUUCGAGCGGGGUUGGAGCGGGAUCAGCUCAUUGUGGAAGUCGCGAACAGGAUCCAGGACAUCAUAGAGAGGAACUCAUCACCGAACGGGAACGGAAACAGAACAGCCGAUAAGCACAACAGUGGCGUGUAAGAAACUCAACAUCCUACAAAACAACGUGCAAAGUAUUCGCCCGUCGGAGACGAGGGAAGAACUGUAUCGAUUCCUAGUAGACAACGAGAUCCACGUAGCGCUGCUGCAAGAAAUCUGGUUAAAACAGAAAGAGCACUUCCGGAUGGCCCACUACAGGAUGGCGAGCCAAAGAAGAAACGAAGGUUGGGGAGGAGUAGCAGUUCUGGUACACGAAAGUUUGGAGUUCGAAGAAAUAAAGUUUCACAACUUACUGCCAGUGGAGGUUAUCGCUGUCAAAGUAGUGAAAGGAUUCGA